AUGGUUGUGUUUGCAACAGGAUCCGCCUUCACCCCGUGUGCAGCUCGGCAGAAACUCCACCAGGGAAGUCUUGGAGAUUGGCGCACUGAACAGAUAGGUGGAUGUGACGUCACACAUAGACUAACAGCUAGCUGCUAUUUGGAGGCAUUUUCUAGGCGUGGGAAUAAUAAUGUGGAGAAUGGUGUAUCCAUGUACUCAGACUAUACAAGGCUCUGGGAUUUAUCGCCCUCCGUUAUAACGAACCUGCAUAUUCCAGUACAGCAGGUACCUAGACUCGACUAUUUCUUACUUUACCAUACUACAUAG